ACAACAGAAAAGAGCCGCUCACAAAGAGACAAAAGUGAGAAAGGUUUUUGCGGUUUAUUUAGAAGUAAAUUCGCUGUUUCCUCUAAAGUGAUGUAUCGAAAUGAAAAGCAGGGAAUAUUACUCUCAACGUUGUUGAAGUGUGUUUGAGGAUUAAUAUGUUCUGAGUCUAAAAACGAUCCAGUCUUUGUGUUAAACCGAAACGUUGGAGCAACAAACAUGGCUUCACAAGAGGGCAGUAAAAUCAUGGUAUUUCGUCCGACUCUCGAAGAGUUUGCAAACUUUUCUAUUUAUAUUCGAAAAAUGGAAGAAAUGGGAGCUCAUCGGGCCGGUGUAGCCAAGGUUAGUUCAGAAAAAAUUGGUCAGAUUUGUUUUGUUUUGUGUUUAUAUGCAGUGUUUUCGCACCGCACGUGGUGUAAAUUUCACAUCAGGGACAGUUUAUCGGUAUUUAAGAAUACUUUCCUUUCCAGGUCAUACCUCCAAAAGAAUGGAUUCCACGAAGGAGCUAUGAAGACGUAGAUAUCACAAUUCCUGCGCCUAUACUUCAAGUUGUUACUGGAACACAAGGUAAGCGGACAGAGUUUAGAUUAAAUGGCAAAAGACAACGUUUAGAAAGACCUCGAAAGUUACAAGUUGUGAAAAUCAACCUUCAGCAGCAUCAGUAUAACUAAGCUUAUAUACGGGAAAGUGCUUGGUUCAAAGUGGAAAAAAGUAGGAAUGUUUCGUGACCUUUCAUUAGCUGAUAUUAAGUGAAAAUUAAGCUGAACUAUAUUUUUUGACACGCAAAUUAGAACAUUUCCUAAUUUGCUAUGAGACCAAGCUACAAGUGUACACUGCUUGCAUGUAGAGCUAGAAACGCGAAGGACUAUUCCGAGAUCAAACGUUGUAAUGAGGGUGACUUUAAAAGUUAGAUUUAAAGGCACUUAGGUUGCAGCUGUUAAACUAAGAGUAUCCAAAUUGCUCAUUGGAGCGUGUUGAAAACAAUAACAAAUUCAAAAGCACUUUUCAUCACGUUAUAAGCUAAACAUAAGCCUAUGCAUUAAAUUAAGGUAAAGAACGAGCUUUGUGGCUUCGUUGUUAUUGUUUGCAAUUAUUUGAUGCAAGUUUUCAAGUCCAGACACGUACGAGCUCGCCUUAAAACAAAAAUAUUGUAUUUUAAAACACAAGCUCUAUUCAUCGUACUACCAUCUCGUGGGUGUAUUUCCGUUUAAUCUCACCUUGUAUCUCAUUUAAUUACCAAGUCAUCGGAAAUUAUAAAACCUUAAGUCCCUUUCCCAUGAAAAAUCAUCCUUCUUAUUGGGAAAGUAAUAACCAUUUCUGCCAAUUCUUUGGCCACGCAUCACAAUUGGUGUUCAACAACCGAUUUCAGUGGGAUUUUCAAAGUCACUAGUAAAUUAUUGUUCAUUUUAAUCACUAGUGAGGGAAAUUUGGGCAGGUGGGUUACCCACACCUUUUCCGGGUUUUAGUAGUCAAAGGUGUCACUGUUCUGAGUUUAUAGAACAGCUAGUUUUUUGUCCAUGCGAAUAAUAAAAUCCUGUAAAUACAACAUCCUUGAGUGAUGAGAAUUGCUAGAUUUGAAACUCUGGUCAAGAAGCAAAGUUAAAGCCAGUCUGCGACUUCUCUUCACUUUCUAAGAUCUGAUUUAAUUAAACAUUUUUUGUCUAUUUAGGGCAUAGGAAUGACAUAAGCUUUUAUUGAUAAACUACGCAUAAUAGAGAAAAAGAAGUGGUGAUAUCACAGAAUGGUUGGCAAUGUUCACUCUCUAAAAAUCAGCCUGUUGGUGUAAAUUGGUGGGGAGAUAUUAGCAAUAUUGUUCUCCAGUGACUCCAUAUAUAUAUCCUUCUAAAAUUAGCCUGGACCGUAAAUGUUACGUUUGUCCAUCCUUUUUGUUGUUUGAAGAGUUAGUAUAAGAACCAACCCCAGACCCAGAUCUAGGAUAAAUACUGACUGAUUUCCUAAACAAGCACCAAAGGUGCAAGCUUCUAGGUGAUCCGGGGGUAUGCUCCACCAAGAAAUUAUUUGGAUUUUAACUCCCCAAAGUCCCCUUUCCUUGGUAUCUGAGUCAUUCAGACAGGAUAUUUACCCCUUCCAUUCUCCUCGGAUGAAUCCUUGCAAAUCAGUACAUUAUUAAUUUUCAUCAUGGUUAAUUUCCAUGUUGUAUUGGUUAUGGAGCAGGAUUUUAAUGUGGAAAGUUUUUUUUUUUAAUUUAAAUAUAUAUAUUCAUUAUGAAAAAUCUGAUCAAUUUCUGUAAAAUGGUGGAAACCAACAAGAAACCGAGCCUGAACCCACAAGAAACUUAUUGACUACCUUUUUCACCCUCUUCCAGGACUGCCUCACAACUAAGCUUAGCUUAUUUUGUGACUAUUCUCAUUUUUGUGUGUGUGUGUUGUGUUGUAGGACUUUACCAGUUGUUUAACGUCCAAAAGAAAGAAAUGUCCUUAAGUGAUUUCAAGGAACUUGCCAACAGUGAGAGGUACAAACUAAAUUGAUUUUAAAACAUCAUAUGGUAAAUGUUGCUUUGUAUUUCUGUGGCUGCUAUUUGUACUGUAAUGAGAACGGAUAAUAGAAACAAAAAAAACAUCAUAAUGCUAAAAAAAUUGCAAUACUUAGUUUUAUGGUUGAAAUCACCAAGUUACUUCACAUGAGCCAAGUUGAAAUCAAAUUUAGGCCUUAUCCCUAAGACCCCUAAUUGAACUUGUAGUUAACUCUUAUGUUGUUUUAUUCCUGUUUUAGUCACAAACCACCUACGAAUGAUCCUGAUGAGAUUGAACGGAAGUAUUGGAAAAAUGUAACAUUUAACAAUCCCAUUUAUGCUGCGGAUAUACCAGGAACCAUUUUUGACAAGAAUGUUCAAGAGUGGAACAUAGGAAACUUAGGAACAAUUCUUGACUUGAUAAAACAAGAAUAUGGUGUACAUAUAGAAGGCGUGAAUACUCCUUACCUAUACUUUGGUAUGUGGAAAGCAUCAUUUGCCUGGCACACUGAAGAUAUGGAUCUCUACAGUAUUAACUAUUUACACUUUGGAGCCCCUAAAACAUGGUAAGAAGUUAUAUUAACUUAAUUAGAUUGAACUGCUUGCAAAUUAGGAGGUGUAUCAGCCUGAGAAUACUUCAGCAUUUCUUGGUGGCAAAACUUGAAUAACAACAGAGAAAACUAUGAGUGUGUGGUUUGACUGCUAACAACUUUGGAACCGCCUAGGAUAGAAAUUGCACUAAGUAGCUUUUCAUUGAAACACUAAUUACUGGCGUGCAAAAAUGAGCCACGUAUCGACCAAAACACUUCUUGUCAUGUAAACUUUAAGCAGUACAGUUCUUACAAGGCAAGUCUAUCAGACAUGUAUUGUUCAGACUUAAACGUUUUAAGUAUCUGACUCCAAAGAACAAUGGUUGAAACCAACUGAAAGAUCUGACAACAGUACGGUCAAACAUCAUUAACAAAGACACUGAGGGGUCCUAGAAAGUGUCCAUGUUAACAGGUUUUCCAGAGAACGUGUAAACAGGCUUUUUUUCCCCAGGGAAAAAGCAAACUGUCCAUAGUAAUGUUAUGAGGUGUUCAUAAAGCAGGGUUGGACUGUAUACACACUGGAACCUCUGUUUAGACAAAUGCAUUACCAACUAGCCAUUAGCCAACUUUUGCUAGAUUAAAGGUUAUCUGGAUCAUCCAAUGGAAUUAGGAUUACUGCACUUUUAAGUCCAAUAUCCUUAGAGCCUUCACAUGAAGGCUGAGGGUUACAAGUGAAAAGUAAUGAAUAAUACAUUCAAAUCCAACUGAUAAUUACAUGUAAAUUAUUGUUAUCUGACUUAAGGUAUGCCAUACCUCCUGAACAUGGACAGCGCCUGGAAAGACUAGCUGCUGGUAGGUGUUCAUUAACUCAUCAGCAUUGAAAUGCUCAGAUUGCACUUCCAAUGAGUGAUCAUUUGCUUUUUCUUAAUGUAUCCACGCACCUUCCUCCUUAAGCAAAAGGUACAAGUAAAAAUAGUAUAUAACAAACCAGAACUAAGUUGAAAGGGGAUAAGUUACAACAUUUUAAACAGACCCCAGAACUCAAACCUUGUUCACCUCAUUUAAAACAAACUUACCAGACAAUUAUGCCUAUUGUUUUCCCUGCACGUUAAUACACCCAACUGUGAGUUGAUACAGUCCGAGUUUGGUACCUGCCCUAUUUAUUUCUUAUUUAAUUUUCUCACCCAACAUCUAGUUUCUACAUGUAUUUACUAUCAUGAAAAAACCUUUUUAGUGACCUUUGAGUAUAUUUCUUGCAGGCUUUUUUCCAGGAAGUUUCCAAAGCUGUUCUCAAUUUCUUCGUCAUAAAAUGACCAUUAUCUCUCCACAAGUACUGCGGAAGUUUUCAAUUCCUUAUGACAAGGUAUUAUACAGUCAUUAUCUAUAAUAACUGUAAGGGAUUUACCACGUUUAGACAGCUGCCAGAACCAGGCAACCAAUUUCAUUUGGGGCUUAUGCACAAUAAUGACAUUAAAGGCAAAUUCAUUUUAUGAGUUUUCAUUGUGUAAUAAUUUAGUUCUAGUUUAGUGAACAGAUCAAAAAGCCCUGGCAAGGGUUUGGUGGUAAAUAAUCCACUUUUCUAAACUGUAAGCCUAAAUUCACACCAUUGCUUAUUUUUGACAUGGCUGUUUUCAUUUGCAGAUCACUCAAGAAGCAGGCCAGUUCAUCAUAACAUUUCCAUAUGGGUACCACUGUGGUUUCAAUAAUGGCUUUAAUUGUGCUGAGUCAACAAAUUUUGCAUCGGAAAGAUGGAUUGAUUAUGGGAAGAGAGCACAAGUGGUAUGUGUGGACUCUGUAACAAUAAACCAUACAAAUUGAUUGUUUCAGUUUAAUGCAAAAUCAGGUGCUAACACAGAUCUAUUAAAAGUUGUCAGUUUUACAGCAUGUACUGUUAAGAAUUUUAAACCCAGUCAACAGUGGGGGCAGUUUAAUGGGAAACCACAUGGUUUGGAGGGAACUUCAAAACAAAGCCAAAAAUAAUGUUGACAAAUCAGCUUGUAAAUAGCAUGGUUUUGAGAAGAUUACAAGAUUACACAUAGCACCGCCAGCCUUAGUGUGUUAUUUAUCCAUGAUUUAUUCUUUCUUUUUUGGACAGUGUACAUGUAAAAAAGAUACUGUCAAGAUCUGUAUGGAUGUAUUUGUGAAGACUUAUCAGGUAAAAUUAGAAGUGAUUAAAUAGUUAAUCUUUGCAUUAUUUUAUUUACUGCCAAUAAGCCAACCAUCUUUCACCUGAUUUUCACUUUUGGUGUUACAAAUGUGUGGUCCAUAUAUGCGCAGGUUAGUUGUGUACUCUGGUAUGUCCUUAAUGUGGCACUUUUUCUGCCAAGUUACAGGUUAGAUUAGUAAUGUAAUAUUGUACAUGUGAAGCAACUUAUAAAAGUUUGGGAUCAUUAUACCUUUCUGGGAAACUGCCCACUUACCCCUCCCCAGCAGUUUCCCAGAAAUGUACAAUGAUCCAAAGUUGAAUUCUCCCUUGCAAACUAUAAGAAUCAAGGAAUAUUUGCUUAGUUAUGUUGGAGUACACUCAAAUAUUGGUAUUGAGUGUGAAGGCUUUUUUUGCAGCCAGAUCAGUGGGAAGAGUACAUGAAAAGCAAGCAAAAAGACAACACUGAUAGUGAUGAUGAUGAUGAUGAGGAACAGCAGAUUGAAGCCAGUGAGAAAAGGAAGGAAAUGACAGAUAAAAGCAGGAGGAAAACAAAAUCUAAGAUCAUAGAUCUUGAUGAUGAUAUGCCACUCUCAAAACUGAAAGAAGCACUUCUUGCUGAAAAGUAAGAAGCCAUUGAAUGUAUUGAUUGAUGUCAAUGAUGCGCAAGUGGUUGUGAAGUUUGUAUUGAUACUUUUGUUAAUUUUAAAGGAAAGACAAAAUUCUUUUUGAUUUAAUCCUGUCAGCUCAAAGUGAUAACAAUAAUACUAUUCCCCUGAAAAAGAAAAAUUUUACUCCUUGGAUGUUAUAAAAAAUGUAAUUUUGUUUGUUUUGUGAUAGCAGAAAGUUUUUACUGCCAGGAAAGUCAGCAGCAAGCAAGAGACAACCCAUAGUAACAAAAUCCUUCACCCUGCCAAGCAGUGCAGGAAGACGGAAGAAGAUGGAGGAAACUAAACCAGAAAAAGGUUCUGCAUUGUUUAAGUGAUGUUUGUAAUUUCAUCAAUAUUAAAACAAAUGAGUUGUAGACCCAAUUAUCCCUGUUUUUUUCUUUUUUCUUUCUUUUCUUUGGGGGGGGGGGGAGGGGAAUAUAGUAAUUGUGUAUAUACACGUAGCCUUGGGGCUGUUUUUUCACUAAGGUCAAAAGAUUAUUUUUCUUCAGUCGGUAAUGACCACGACAGGGUUUAAUUUUCAGGGCAUAAAGUUGCUUAAUUUAGUCUUGACAGACAAGAAAACAAGCCACAAGAAAAAAACACACCAAAAUAAAAAAAAUCUUCCCCCUGCCAAGAGGGUGAGGAAGGGGGAAGAAAGAGGGGGAAAAUAAAACAAAAAAAAGUUUUGGAUUUUUUUAGUGGUUUUUUUAUUUUUCUAAAUAUUAAAACAAAUGGGUUUUAGACCCAAUUAUCCCUUUUUUUUUUUUUUUUUUUUUUUUUUUUUGGGGGGGGGGGGGUAGGGGAAUAUAGUAAUUGUGUAUAUACACGUAGCCUUGGUGCUGUUUUUUCACUAAGGUCAAAAGAUUAUUUUUCUUCAGUCGGUAAUGACCACGACAUGGUUUAAUUUUCAGGGCAUAAACGUGCUGAAUUACAUAGCAGCAGAUCAAAUAAAAGCUUGGUCAGCACCCUCAGUGGACUUUGGCACAAGCAGCUGCCCAAUUUUGAGAUGGAGCAGGCCUUCAAUGUUGUCUUUUCACAGCUUGGGGCUCACUGUUCUGUGUGUAACUACUUCUCAGAAUUGGAGGUGAGCAAUGUCAGCUAAAUCAAGUGAGAAAAGUCUUUGAACCGCCUUGAUGUCUUUUGUUACACUCUUAACUGCCAUUAGCAAAGCCCCUUUGUGUAUCUUCUGGGGUGAUUUGCAUUUGUGGUGGAAGUAAAAAAAGUCACGUCUACUUUUCAUUAUGCAUCCCUGACCAGUCUAGUUGGUGAAUUUUUUUAAAGUCCUCUUUAAAUUACAUAAUUAAAAAUUGUUUUCAGGGACCAUUUCAGAGGGAUAUUUUGACCAAUCUUCAGGAAAAACUUCAUCAACCACUGUCCAGCUUAAUUGCAGGCUUAGCUGACGUCACUCAUGCAAUGCAUUCUGUUCCAAGAGUACCAGAGAUAUGUUUCAUGUCUGAUGACUCCUCCCCUGAGAGUAUGAGCUCAUGGCUUGACAUCAUGUUUACUACAGAUACAGCUAGUCCUCUACUGCGAUGUGAAGCAUGUCAAGUGCUUGUUCAUGCCAGUAAGUUGCUUUCUUUGCUUUUUCUUUAAAACAAAACAAGUGCAUGCUUUUUCUAACAACUAGACUGGUGUUUGGGGGAACUGGAAAUGCUAUAGCCUUUACACUUCCUUCAGCCCAACCAACUCCUGAGGAUUUCUAAUAAUAAGGGAUUAAUUUAUGUCACUGUUGGUGUCCUUGUCUGUCAGGUUGUUAUGGAGUAAGCAAUAUACCAAGCGAUGGUGGGUGGAGAUGUCAGAGAUGUUCACAACAAGAUCACACUGCUGUUCAAACGAGUGUAAGUAUGGCUCUGCCUAUAUUAAUAGCUUGUCUAAUCAUCAGCUUUCCUUUGGUUCUCUAGUCCUUUUGGCUGCAUUUCCAAACAUAAUAAUCUUACAUUUGCUAACUGCAUUAGUUUUUGGCAAUGAAAAUACUCCAGCUUAGAAUCUGUAGAAACCUUUGGAAAAUUUGUAAAUGAUAAUAGUGCAGAAAAUCAUGUAGUAGUGACAUAUUCAUCAGACCCUUGAACAACCUAACUAGACCACCACUAUAGAGAUUGUUUUCCCACUCUCUGUCUAGCAAAAAAUUACCUUAUGAAGGAGUCCCAAAAAGGCUUACUUUUGCCGUGUAAGGUUGGUUCAUAACAAGAAAAUUUGCACUAUUAUAUUUGAUUGUUUUGCAGUACUGUUCCCUUUGUACCCUAGGGGGAGGAGCUCUCAAGAGAACAACAGACAACAGGUAUAAUAAUUAAAUCAAUUUUGUCCCUGGGACUAGGCUGUGUUCAAAAUGUAUUAUAAAGACAAAGAAAACCCAGUUACGAAUCUUAUUACAUUACUAAUCUUUAUACACACCUUCUCUCCUCAUGCCCUGUGGCAUGUAAGCUAUUCAAACUCUUUGUCAGCCGCUACUGCUUACACCUCGUCCCAGGAGCCCCAAACCGCUUUUCUCCUUUCUUUUUCCACAACUUAACCAAAAAAUAUAUUUUCAGGUGCAAGGGCACUGUCUUCUCUGCUUUAUUUCCACUGGUUUAGUUGAUGCCAGCCUGUGCUUGAUGUCUUGUAUUCCUCUUUUUAGAUGGGCCCAUGUUGGCUGUGCUGUGGCAGUGCCUGAAGUAAUUUUUGUAGAUGUUAAUCUUAGAGAAGCAAUUAAUACAAAUCAAGUCAGUUCAGCAAGAAAAAAGCUUGUAAGUAGAAUUUGACUUAACAUACGCCAGUUGUUAAAAAAGCUAGAUUUGUACUAAGGUGUCCUUACUUCUGUUCUUAUUAUGUUCUCUGUUUUGUGGAUACACAGAAGUGCUACUACUGUCGAUCACGUUUGCAGUCCAGCGGAAAAGAUCAAGGUGCAUGCGUGCAGUGCUGUGCAGGAAAGUGUGCGGUUUCCUACCAUGUCACAUGCUUUGUUAUGGCGGGGUUCGGACUGGAAGCAAGUGACUGGCCGCAACCCACUGAAACUUAUUGUGAUAGACAUCAGAAGUCAAGAACUAAAGUGAGUCAUUUAAACUUACCGAUAUUAUAGUGAAGUUGUUGUUGUUGUUGUUGUUGUUGUUGUUGUUUUUCCACUUGAUCUUCCUUUAUUAUCAUCUUCUUUUCAGGGAAAACAACGUGACUUUUCCGUUAUCCAUUCUGGUGAAUCCGUUGUCGCCAAACACAAAAAUGGAAGGUAACUGGAACUUGAUAAAGAUCAGUUUUUGAUGGUCACACCGCCUCUUACUGACUCCUGACCGUCACUUGUAUGUGUUUCAGAUUUUACCAUGGAGUAGUACGAGAUACAACUUCUGAGGAAUACUACGUGGUAUCAUUCGAUGAUGGAACUUACUGUGACAAUCUUCCUCCAAGUGACAUUGCCGUAAGUUACUGCUCAGUUUGAAUAUAUCAAAUCUGUCAUUCUGUGACAUGCUGGCAAACCCUAACCAUGCACCAUGUUGACUGAGAUGGGUCAUAACUUGUUUUGUUCUUGUAGAGUCACGAUAGCACAGGAGGGGAUAUUCCUGUAGGAAGCAAAGUACAAGUCAAAUGGGGAGAUGAUCAAGAUCUGUUCAUGGCAAGAGUCACUGGUCGAAGGAUUAGCGUUACCUAUCAGGUAAGCACUAGUUUCCAUUUGUUACUUUAUGUAGGAAAAAAGGGUUGAAAUUCAGGCAAGUCCGGCCAGAAACACUAGAAGUUGUGACCGAACUAUUCUUCUUUUAUUACCUUUACUGGUUAUCCAGUAAGAGCGAGCGAAACUCAGUCUACUAUGUUACUGUGAGGAUGAAUGUGACAGGCACCUGCGAUUACCACGUGACUAGGGUUUGGCGUUCAGUAUACAGAGUAAAGUAAUGCAAACCUCUCAAGUGAUGGCUCCCAGUUGGCUGUUUGUCUUAAAAGAAGCUUUUAAGGCCAAGGAGUUUUGAAACCGGCACCACCCACUGACCAUAAUGUUCUCUUAGCAGCGUAAAGUGUGUAACAGUACAUUCAGUUGUUGAGUCCUCAAGGUCCGAGGGCUGGUUUCAGGAAUAAAUGAACAUCAUUUCAGACCGAACAUCUCACGUCGGUGCAUAACAACGAUACGUUCCCACUAAACGUCUUGAACAUUGUUUCGUCAGGUUGAAUUUGAGGACGACUCUUGGCUGAAUGUGCGUCGGGAGGAUGUCUACAAAGCAAACGAAGAGCUUCCGAUAAAAGUACAACAACGACUAGUGAGUAGCAGGCUGUAGUACCAUAACAUUACAGUGUAGUUAUCUUACCUGGUACUAUAUAUUCCCUUGCCAACAUAAUACACUGCGUUACAUUACAGUGUGCUACGUGAAGAAGAACUACUCAAGUGACUUCUUUCCAUUUUUUUUCCUUUUUUUUCAGUCUUCCGCCACGGAAAGAGCAAAUCUGUCUUACUGGGACGACAUUCCUGAACACAACGCCAAGCGACCACGAAAACAAAACCCGCGAUUUUUGGAGUAAAGAGUUGUACUAUAUGAAUUUAUUUUGGGGGCUAGUCCCUUACGCAGGCGUUCUUUUCCCUUACCUGCUACAA